GUGUUAACCUUAUGAAAUGUUUAUUUAAACAGCUGGCCAGUGUUAUAAAAAAAUGCGCUGUUGAAGAAUCGUUUUCAGUGUUGGCUUAGUCAUCCUGCAGUCUACGAAGUGUUUUAGCGUGUCGUGUUUUUGUGCUAAACGUAACAUAUCAUAAUUCGUGGAAGCAACGUUGCAUUAUAACCUCUGCACGCAUUGUGAUAUUUUUAGAAAAUCAUUUAGUUCAUUGGCAGCUCGCUUCUCGCUGAAUAAUCGUGUCGUGAAAACACGUGGUCGGCACUGAACGUGCCCUAGCACGCCGUGUCGGGAAUAGCAAGAGAUGGAGACAGGUUCACUGAUCUUCCCAAACCCCGACACCGAACUUGCUCUGGAGCUGAACGAGCCAGUGUUCCUCGAAGAUGAUGACUACGCAACCAGGGCGCCAGCCUCGCCAACCACGGUACCCAACGUGAGGCCUUACAGACCUCCUUCAACAGGUUCAAAUAUACUAAAGUCCCCGCGAGCGCGUCGCGUGCGCACGACGUCAAUGUCGCAGCCGAACAAGCGCACGACGGCGGAGAGCAUACUGCACGCGGACCGACGCACCAUAUACACAGCCGGCCGCCCGCCCUGGUACAACUGUACUGGCGGACAGGAGGUCGAGCCAUUCCUUAUUGGUAUUUGCGGCGCCAGUGCGUCGGGCAAGACGACGGUGGCCACCAAAAUCAUAGAAUCUCUCAACAUACCAUGGGUCACUAUCGUCAGUAUGGACUCAUUCUACAAAGUGCUAAACGAGAAACAGCAUCAGGCAGCUAACCGCAAUGAAUACAACUUUGAUCACCCGGACGCGUUCGACAUUGAGUUGCUGAUCUCAGUACUGCAGCGGUUAAGAGAGGGCAAGAAGGUGGAAGUGCCCAUCUACAACUACGUCACGCAUUCCCGGGAGAAUAGGACUAAAACGAUGUAUGGUGCGAACGUGAUCAUCUUCGAGGGUAUCCUAGCGUUCUACAACGCGGAGGUGACCAAGAUGCUGGAUAUGAAGGUGUUCGUCGACACCGACGCGGAUAUACGACUCGCCAGGAGACUGCGGAGAGACAUAGUACAACGCGGCCGUGACCUAGAAGGGGUGUUAAAACAAUACAUGACCCACGUGAAGCCUGCCUACCAGAGCUACAUCGCGCCCUGCAUGGCGCACGCAGACAUCAUCGUGCCGCGCGGCGGAGAGAACAAGGUCGCCAUACAUCUCAUCGUGCAACACGUACACAAACAGUUGCAACUGCGCGGCUUCAAAGUGCGUGAGAAGUUAGCGAUCGCCCACAUCGGCCAGCCCGUGCCGGACUCACUCUACGUACUUAAAGAAACUCCUCAGGUGCAAGGACUUCACACAUUCAUCCGCAACAAGGACACUCCGCGCGACGAGUUCAUAUUCUACUCCAAGCGCCUGAUGCGGCUGGUGAUAGAGUUCGCCCUGUCGCUGCUGCCGUACUCCGACCUGGUGGUGGACACCCCGCAGGGGUUCUCCUACAAGGGCCGCAAGUGUGACGUCGAGAAAAUAUGUGGAGUGUCCAUCCUGAGGGCCGGGGAGACCAUGGAACAAGCCGUCUGCGACAUCUGCAAGGACAUCCGCAUCGGCAAGAUACUUAUACAGACCAACCAACAGACUGAUGAACCAGAGCUAUACUACCUCCGUCUCCCGAAGGACAUAAAGGACUACCGCGUGAUACUGAUGGACGCCACCGUGGCCACCGGCGCCGCCGCCAUCAUGGCCAUACGAGUGUUGUUGGACCACGACGUGCCGGAACAUAACAUCUCGCUCGUCUCACUACUCAUGGCAGAGAUCGGGGUGCACUCCAUCGCAUAUGCUUUUCCACAGGUAAAAAUAGUGACAUCAGCGCUAGACCCGGAGAUUAACGAGAAAUUCUACGUGUUGCCCGGUAUUGGUAACUUCGGGGACCGUUACUUCGGCACGGAGCCGGCUGACGAUGAGUGAGGUCGUAUCUUAACUUCUAACAGAGUUAAUCGUCUAUGAAACCACAGGUAACCAAUAAUUGUCCUACUAGACUUCGAAAGGAGAGCAAUGUUAUUUAUUUUCGAUUUUAAAAACAUUUUGCGUUAUUAUAUAGUAAUGGCAGUUUAAGUCAUACACCUUGUGAUUUUUUUUUUAAAUAUUUGUAAUGUUAAAGUUACGGCCAAACGGUAUUUUGUAGCUGUGGUUGGUAUAGUUAUGAAAUUGUGAAUUCAACAAUGACUUUAUUUAUGAGCUUUUGAAUUAUAAUUAUGGAUGUACUGAAAAAUAAUUUUGUAGAAACAAAAUAUAGUCCUAUUUUCGCCUUGAAAAAGGAGCAUGGACUUGAACGAUAUUCUAAUUAAAAAACAUAUUCUCCAAGCCCUCUUUAAGGACGAUUAACAUUUAAAAUAUAAGGGCUUGCGCGUAUCCUAGCAAAAUUAGUGUACAAAUGUAAAGCUAAAACAUUUGUAUAUAAAAAAAUACAAAAAUAUGCAGAGCUGCAUAGAUGUGAAUGCCACGGAGUAAUAAACAAAUAGAGUAUUAGGUUGGCAAAUGGAAUCUAUUGUCAGCUCACUCUUGAUGCUCCUCUCUUAGAUGGUUUGUUCUCUCCAUUUGUUAACUAAUCCGUGGUAUGUAGUUUUAGUGAUUAUAGUUGUGGACUGGCCCCGUGUAUUUAUUUAAUUAUCGUAAUGUUUACACAAUUUAAUAAGUUCGGCGCACCUUACUAUGGAAGUAAUAGACAAGUUUUUAGUACCUCAAGUGUAUUCCCGUCCAUAGAUAGGGGUAUAGACAAACACUGCCAAUUAUAGCACUUUUAAUAAACAUUUAGAAGCUUAUAACGCACACAUUUGUGCCUUUUACUAUAAGAAAAUUAUUGUAAACUGCACAAAAAUCAAACAUUUUCAAGAAAAUUCAAUCUUAUCUACAGUUAUUACAGCAUAAAUUCACUUUUGCAUAACAACUUUAUAACAUAUAUGGUUCCUGGUAACUAACUUGCCAGCUAAUUGAACUUAAAGAGAAUCACAAAUUACCUUUAUUCUCUAAAACAUUGCACGAUACACUAAGGUUCAAAUUACCGUAACAGCAUAUACAUUAUAUUCGUUUAUGAUAUACACGGAGGAACUAAAGGCGUAACGGUUGUAUUUAUAAUAUCUAGUCUGUACUAAUACUAACGUACAAGUCGCCUCGAUCUCCUAUCUCCAGGAUCUAGCAUAAAUUAUUAUGUGGAUAUUAGUUACGUCAGAUCACUGAAAUGAUACAUCAAUGGUAUAUAAAGAAAUCAUACAGUAAAUGAAUAAUAAUAUCAGCAAUAAAACUAAUAAUAGUUACAGUAAAAUGAUUGUCCAACGUAUUUAAUUACAGUAAUAAAUAAUAAUAAACCUAAGAAUGAGUAAAUAGCUUCACUUUUAAUUUUUUUGUUGACGUUUAAAAGUACCAUUUUGGUCUAAUUGAAUUAAAUUUAGACUUUAAAACGGGUUCUUAUGUUUAAUUGAAAUAUUAGAACUAUACAUAGCAUAUAUGAUAUGUAUGAAGAAUCCUAUUGAACAGCAAAAAUGCACAAUCAGGCGGACCAUUAACUCGUCGAGUACCGGUUUUGUAAACACAAUUAUAGAACAAUAGGUUGCGGUCAUCGGUGGCCGCUUGGUGUUUGACAGUUUAAACCUGUCUCUCAUUAGUACAGGUAAAAAAAAACUGUACUACUAACUAAAUUUAGCUAUAUCUUUCACUUCAUGUACCUUCUCAUUAGAAUCUUAGUAAGCUCAUACAAAUCGUUUACCAUUAAUUGAAGAUCAUUUUAAAAAUCUUUAUUUAAAAGUAUAAUUGCACCAUAUCCACAUUAAACGUAAUAAAAUAUUCAUUAAAAGCUUGCGUCCAGCACAGCUCACAGCUUGGCUUCGGCAAGCUAGUCACAAAUAUAUCAUGUCAGCUUCGUAGCCAAAGAGUAGUUCAUAACGAACUAAAAUGUAUUCUAGGGAACAAAUAUAUACUGUCGUUGUAAUGUUAUUUUGGGAACACACGAUGAUAUGUGUAAUACAAGUAAAUAAACUAAGUUAAUACUGAUCCAAUACUUUCUUUCAACUUGCUUAAGAUAAACAAAUCACUUAGAAUUGGGUACUUUUCUUAAUAUUAAUCAAAAGUAAAUUAUUUCUAC